CCCUACACUAGUUUGUAUGAUCCGUGGUCCUCGAGCACUACUAGAUUGUGUGAUCCGUGGUCCUCGAGCACUACUAGAUUGUGGGAUCCGUGGUCCUCGAGCACUACUAGAUUGUGUGAUCCGUGGUCCUCGAGCACUACUAGAUUGUGUGAUCCGUGGUCCUCGAGCACUACUAGAUUGUGGGAUCCGUGGUCCUCGAGCACUACUAGAUUGUGGGAUCCGUGGUCCUCGAGCACUACUAGAUUGUGUGAUCCGUGGUCCUCGAGCACUACUAGAUUGUGUGAUCCGUGGUCCUCGAGCACUACAAGAUUGUGGGAUCCGUGGUCCUCGAGCACUACUAGAUUGUGUGAUCCGUGGUCCUCGAGCACUACUAGAUUGUGGGAUCCGUGGUCCUCGAGCACUACUAGAUUGUGGGAUCCGUGGUCCUCGAGCACUACUAGUUUGUGGGAUCCGUGGUCCUCGAGCACUACUAGAUUGUGUGAUCCGUGGUCCUCGAGCACUACUAGUUUGUGGGAUCUGUGGUCCUCGAGCACUACUAGAUUGUGGGAUCUGUGGUCCUCGAGCACUACUAGAUUGUGGGAUCCGUGGUCCUCGAGCACUACUAGUUUGUGGGAUCUGUGGUCCUCGAGCACUACUAGAUUGUGGGAUCCGUGGUCCUCGAGCACUACUAGAUUGUGGGAUCCGUGGUCCUCGAGCACUACUAGUUUGUGGGAUCUGUGGUCCUCGAGCACUACUAGAUUGUGGGAUCCGUGGUCCUCGAGCACUACUAGAUUGUGUGAUCCGUGGUCCUCGAGCACUACUAGAUUGUGGGAUCUGUGGUCCUCGAGCUUUACCAGCUGUGGUAUAGCACCUCUGCCUCCACAUACACUUGACAGUUUUCAUGUCCUAAUUUACCCUAUUAUGAACUUCUUGUUCCAUGUUGAAAAGCAUGGCAGGCCAAUAAUAGAUGGAGGGAUAAUAUCCAGAGAGACCUACGCACAUGUGGUGUCACCAUUUGGAAAGAGAAGGCCAACCAGAGAGAUGAUGGGAGGUGGGUGA